AUGUCUCCGUCAUUAUAUAGGAAUCGAAAUGUAGCCGGUUGGAAAGACUUUCGUAAGUUUUCGGGGUUAGAACAAAUUCAAAAGGCAUAUGCUUCUGGGGAUUAUGCAACCGCGAUCGAGAUUUUAAACUCAUUAUUGAAUGCUGGCCAAAAUUCUAACGGUGAACCUGGAGUUUCACACGAACACGUCCUCUUAGCCCGAGCAAUGUGUUUUCAACAACUUCGUGAAUUUGAACAUGUUCUCGCUGAUACUGUGGAGGUUGUCAGGGCGGUCAGUCUACCAAAUAAUUCUUCUCAGUCAAACGGAUCUUUAAACGGACUUAGUGACAAUUAUCAGUCUAUUGACCAAUACAUUUGUUGUCUAUGGGCGCUUUGGCUUCGAAGUCUGGCAUUUGAAGCUCUUGAAAAGUGGGAGCAGGCUAAAAAUGAUCUUGAAUUAUUAAAGACAUUAAUCCUUGGAAAACCUAUAAAGGGUAUCAUGUCUGGCUCAGAUGGUGUCUUUUCUUCACUUAUACCUAGUAUGGAUCCAUUGAUCGUCCUAUCAAAAUCUUCUCUUCCUACUAUUAAUACGCACUGUGUCGUCGAUCGCCUUCGUCGAAUCUCUGAUAUAGUUGCGAAAGAAAAUUCGCGUCGUAAUAGUGUAACUGAGGCGUUCCGUUUGAUUGACGAUGACUCGAGUGCUUAUAGCGACUUAGCAAAAAAAUUUCAUUAUCGUCUACUUCUCAGGCGACCAUUACAUCCAUAUAUUCAUUUAAAUAUGUGGUAUACAAUGGAUCUUAUGUUUGUUAGCGAAAUGGGUUUAUUCAAAAGGGAGGAUAUGUACGGUGUGGAGGGUUAUUCUCUGGGAAUCAAGAUGUUGGAAAUUGGAAACGAUGAUGCAAUUGACGAAUUUGAAGUCCAGGUCAGACCAAUGAGUCCUGAAGCAUGUGAAUGGAGUGGCUUGACUUCCACCGAUUGGGCUGGAGUGCAAAGUGGCGGUAAAGGUGGAUUGGAAUUUCGUAUUGUUCCCGCUAAUUCUCGUUCCAAUGCUUCCGAAAAUGGAUCCGAUGCAAAUAAUGCGUCUAUAUCUAAGGGCAGAAAUAAAAAGAAUAAGUUAUAUUCUAAUAAUAUCCAAAGAACAAAAACAGAUUAUCACGUGAAUGAGCAUCUACUUGUUCCUUUGGCCAUUGGCCCGAUUGAUUUGAUGGACUGUCAUUGGCACUCUGAUUCCUGUGCUCAUCAUCAUACGGCCAGUGGUAUCUCUUGUAUUUCGGCAGAAUCUCAAACUGUCGUUUCAACGAAUGAUCCUAAAUUACAAAUUUCUUCAUCUUUGUGGAGCUCUUCUCAUUCUUGGUCGUCUUCGUCACAAUGUCCACCUCAAUCCCCUAUGAAAACAAAAUGUCUUUGGAGUACUGAUGAAUACAUUAUUCAUAGUUAUCGAGCAUUUUUCCUCCCAAAAGGCAAACAUUUGAUUAUUAAAGAAUUGUGGGAUGUUGGCAUUCCUGGAAAAGUGUGGGAUUCUGCGUUUGUAAUGGUUAAAAUGAUUAGGGACAUGAUUCUUAAAGACCUAAAAUUGUUUUAUGGUAAAAGAAUUUUGGAUUUAUCAACAGGGACUGGUUUUGUCGGUCUUUAUUUGGCUGCCUUCAUGACCAGUCUGAAAAAGAUAGGAAUAAAGAGUGGUGUAAAGACACAUGUUAUCUUGACCGACUUGGAUCAUGCGUUAAACCUUAUCCGUGACAACUAUUCCCUGAACAAGGAUGUCUUGGAAAUGAUCAACAAUGUAUCGAUCGAAAUUAGGUCUUUGAAAUGGGGUGACACGUCGAAAGCCGAACAGCUGGAUGUUAUUGAUUAUGUGCUUGCUUCCGACGUUGUUUACGAACCUGAUUUAUUUGACUCUUUAAUACAAACGCUAGUUACCGUAUGUACUCCCGGACACACAAAGAUAUUCCUCGGUUAUAAAAGACGAGGAUUGACUAAGGAAGAGGAAACAAGUUUCUUUAAUGAUUUUAUAUAUGGUAGGACCAUUGGAAAUUUGAGGCGAAUUGUCGUAUUCGGUACACUAUCCUUUUCUCACG